UUAAAAUAAAAUCAAGAGGAGGACAAAUGAAUUCGUUGCCCGUAAUUGACACUACUUCGAUUAAAUGGAAAACAAUACGCAAAGAUGGGCUGGAUUUAGAUUACGCUGUAGCCAUACCUAGAAGCAUUGCUAACAAUAUAUUAAAGGAACUGGAAAAAACAUUAGAAUAUUUUAAGGGAGAUCUAGCAAAAAUAAAGGUUUUUGGCAAAGAGUAUCCUCUCCCACGCCAGCAAGUAGCAUACGGUGAUCCAGGAAUAACUUACAAAUAUUCUGGAAAAACUAUUCCAGCUUUGCCGUGGCCCGCACCCGUUUUAGCCUUGCGAAAUUUCCUCGAAGGUAUAAAAGGGAUUAAAUACGACUUCGUCCUAGUAAACAAGUAUAGGAAUGGCAACGACCACAUGGGCGAACACAGAGACAAUGAACCCGAAUUAGACCCCACGUACCCCAUCGCUUCUAUAUCGUUCGGUCAAGAGCGACCUUUUGUUCUAAAACACAAAGAUGCGAGAAAACCAGGCCCAGAUAAAAAACAGAUAGCUCCAGUUAAAAUUGACCUGGAACAUGGGAGUGUAUUAUUCAUGAAUCCACCUACGAAUGAUAUUUGGUACCAUUCUUUACCAACAAGAAAAAAGUUGCUAGGUGUUAGAAUUAACUUAACAUUUCGCAAAAUGCGAAUGAAAUAA